UACCUGUGUCUCUAUAAAGGUGAGACAAGGACACAAUGAAGGCAGCAGCCACAGCGGCCCGCCACGUACAGGACGCCUUCACGCACGCACGCACGCACGCACGCACGCAAUGGUGUGGAUAACUUCUUUGUUUCUCUUGCUUUCUCUCCAGGAAGGACUGCAAGACGUGAGGGCCGCCUCGGCAAAGCCAGCAGCACGGGGCGAGUGUGACCCUGACUGCUCUGCUGCUGUCAAUGACGAUAAAGUAGACAACCCAAGGAAUUGCCACCAGUUCUACGUCUGCUUUGAUGGCGAAGCUGUGGGGCCCUUGGACUGCCCUGACGGUGAAUACUUUGACGCUGACAUAAAAGCGUGCGUGACAAAUGGCCCCGAGGAAUGCACGCCCACGUGUGGAGGAGCGGGUGGUAGCUGCGCGUAUGAAUGUGGUGGUGGUGACCCUUACGUGGCAGACAGAUAUGACUGCUCCACCUACCAUGACUGUGCUAGUGGCGCCGUGAUGCACUGUGACCAGCAGACGCCCUUCUUUAACGGAGAGACGUGUCAGACUGAGGAGAAGUUCUGCUGCCACUGCAACCCUUACUGCUACACGGGCGACAAAGGCAAGAAAGUGCUGGACCCCACGGACUGUACUAAAUAUUACGUCUGUAUAGAAGAAAAUGUUAUCCCUGACCUUUCCGGCCACUGCUCCAAUGGAAACUUCGAUCCCUUUCUCCACGAUUGUUCCCCCAGUGCCCCCUGCCUCACCGUGUGUCCCGGUAUGGCGAGGGCGUAAGGCUGCACCCACGCUGUCCAGGACCUGUGUUGACAAGCAGACGGCAACACAACAGUGGGUCAGGCUUCUCUAACGUGUUGUACUGUUUUCUGGAUUCUUUCAACGUGAAGGUGAUGGACACUAAAUAAACUCUGCAGAAACUU